CUAGGAAAACUUCUUUUUGUUCAUUCUUUCUCAUCGUGCGUAGUCACCUUCUUUAGUACUGAGUUGUUGUAUACUCUUUUGACAGAUGACGAGAACUAGAACUAAUGUUACUGGUGGUAGAGGGGAGGCACUUCCCGAGGCAGUUGUUGAGGCCCCAGCUAGAGGUAGGGGUAGAUCUCGAGCUAGAGGUCGUGCUAGUAGUGCGACAGUAGCCAGAGGUCGUGGACGUGGAGCAGCACCAGUGAGAGGUCGUGCUAGAGAGGUCUCUACCGAACCUCAGAUUGAUGACAGAGAGGACCAGGUUCCUCCAGAUCCCGUAGUCACACCUUUGCUUCAGGAUACGCUAUUGAGGGUGUUAAGUGUGUUAGAGGGCUUUUCUCAGGGUGGUGGUGCAACUACCACACCACAUGACUCUCGUACUAGAGAGGGGGCUCAGACCCAAGAGCAGCAACAAGCUCCGGUUGUUCAGGAUGCGGUGGGGCAACUACCAGUAGAUCCCGCGGUUCAGAAUGAUAUUGCACCAGCAGUUGGGGGUCAAGUUGCAUCGAUGGUUGUUCUGACAGAGGAUGAGCAGCGUAGGUAUGAGAGAUUUCGAAAGAUGGACCCACCUCAGUUUCAGGGUGGGAAGAGCGAGGACGCUCAUGAGUUUCUAACUACCUGCCGAGAGUUACUAGAGGUGGUUGGAUUAGCUGAGUCACAUGGGGUUAGAUAUGCUACACUCCAGCUUCGUGGACCAGCGAGAGACUGGUGGAGGACUUAUUCGGGAUGUUUGCCAGUUGGAUCUCCUCCAGUGACUUGGGAGCAGUUUGCUAGCGCAUUCCAAGAUCGUUUUAUCCCAUGGAGCGUGAGAGAGGAGAGUCGCUUGAGGUUUGAGAGUCUGAGACAGGAUGGUUUAUCGGUUACAGAGUAUGAGGCGCGUUUUUGCCAGUUGUCUAGGCAUGCGUUGGCCAUUAUUCCAAAUGAGACAGAGAGGAUCCGCAGAUUCGUGAGGGGAUUGACUUUCUCUAUCAGGUCAGCUGUGUUUCGGACAUCUAGGGAGGGGACUUCUUUCCAGUCCAUUGUGAGCGCCGCCAAAGAGGCGGAAUUGAUGGAGAGAGAGGAGUUUGGGGACCCUAAAAGGGCCCGUAUAUCAGGCCAGUUUCAUGGUGCCUCAUCUGGAGGUAGGGGAUCACAGAGAGUGAGUGGUUCUUUUCAGCAGCGGGGACCUAUUCAUGCAUCUAUGCCGACAUUUGAGGGUGGCCAGACAUCUAGGGGUUCUUAUGGCCCAGGUCAGGGCUCGUACGGUUCACAGCAGCGACCUACAGGGCGAGGCAAUUAUAGUGGGUUUUCAGGGUCCACACAACAGUUCCCAGGUCAGAGAUUUUGUUUUACUUGUGGAGAUCCCGAUCAUCUAAUGCGGCAGUGUACUUCACAAAGGGGUCGUGGUGGGCCUCGACCUAAUUCUUCAUUCCAGACUAGACCACCAGCACCACAGGGUAGAGGUCGUGGCAGAGUUCAGUCAGGUAGAGGUGAUAGAGUUUCUAGUAGUGGUGUUGCAGCUCAGCAGAGUGGGGGUAGAGGUACCACCCAGGAUGGAGGUGGACGAGGAGGCCACUGCUAUGCUUUCCCCGGGAGACCUGAGGCGGAGACCUCUGAUGCUGUUAUUACAGAGCUGGGUCCAGACUUGACAUUUGAGGAGGAGCCUAUAGCUAUUUUGGAUAGGCAAAUUCGAAAGCUUAGGACCAAAGAGAUUGCUUCAGUGAAGGUGCAAUGGAAGCACCGAUCAGUGGGAGAGGCAACUUGGGAGACUGAGUCUGACAUGCGUGCCAGAUAUCCUCAACUUUUUGAAGCUUCAGGUACUUUCUUUUACUUUAUGUUCGAGGACGAACAUGAUUUUUAG